GAAGAAGAAGGAGAUGUUUACCACUGGAGCAGUAGAGGGCGAUAACGACACACUCCUAGCACAAGAAUAACCUCGUGAUCAUUAUUUACGGAAGUAUCACCUGAACUGAAACUGCAGCACUGACUCAUUGUCGCAAAAUAGCUUUAAAAUACGCGCAAUGUCACCUUAAAUAUAACAGUCCAUUGACGCAUAUGUUUGAUGAAACGACGUCAACCUGGAAGCCUUUGAACAGAGCUGCUAAUACGCUGCUAAGUUCGCUAGCGCUUUCAUUGGAAUUGCUGAGACAACACUGUUUUUUAACGGACGUGCCUCUGUGGUUGUGAGUCAGAAGAGGUCUGUGUUGUAUCACUUUGAUUAUUUAACUAUGAUCUUUGUGGCUGCAGUUUUGAAGGAGAGCUAACCGCUGUCGAACCUGCAAACCAGCCACUGAACCGCGAUUACAGCAGCAGGAUGGGAGCCGAGCAGAGUGGGGAUGCGGAGCACAAACACUCCGAUUACAACUCAGCGGGUGAGAGACACUGCUUCCUACAAACAGUUUAGAUUUUAAAAGAAGAAUGAACUGGAUUGCACAGUUCACCUCUGUGAAAUUACACUAAAAAUCUGUGUAUUUCAAUCUGCGGAGAUGGUGCAGCUGGAUCAUACAUGUAUGAAUUUAAGGGUCUUCACUGUGUUUCUCUCAUUGACAUUUAAAAAGUUCAAAGCCAUCCAGGCUUUGAUGUCUUCAAGACAUGCCAGAAGUCAUCCAGCCUUUAAUUUAAUACCCAGGUAGGCUGCUGACUGUUUUAACAGAGUUGUUUUGGUCGUUUUGUCUGCAGUGGUGCCGUCUCCAGCAAAGCAGAAGGCAAAGAUGGAUGAUAUUGUGGUCGUGGCUCAGGGGACCCAGUCGCUGAGAAAUAUCCACAACGAUCCAGAUGUCAUCAAGCUUCAGGAAAUACCCACAUUUCAGCCGCUGUUAAAAGGUAACCUUCUUAUCUCCCAGACUCUUACAGUGCAGCUGUACAAUCAACUUUGACAGACACUGAUACACACAUAAGGAGCACUGCACAGUCAAUUAAUGAUGCACACAGUGCACAAAUUUCUAUGUGAUAGUAAAGUCAACAAUAAACACACUCUUCCCUGUCUCUACAGGAGUGCUGAGUGGACAGACGUCACCCAGCACUGUGUGUCUGGAAAGGCUGGAUGCCGUGCAGGUGAUGCAGCUCUGUGUGAGAUAUCAAGACCACUUACACCAGUGUGCCGAGGCGGUGGCCUUUGACCAGAACGCUCUGGUCAAGAGGAUCAAAGAGGUGAGUGUACCAUAGGAUAACAGGAGCUAAGAAUAAACUCCACAAAUCAGCCAUAUUAAUAUAUAUCAUGUUUAAAAACAGUGACAAAGCAUCUUUUUAUGUACUCAUUUGUUGUUUGAAUAUUCAGUUUUUGCUCCUGAAGGAGUCAAAAACAAAAUUCGUGUUCCAGGAUUUAUUCUAACAUGUCAGGUUUUUUGUUUCCUGAGCAAAAGUAAAAAUUGUCAUCGCUUUCAGUUUCUGAACAUGAGAAUUUGUGUCUGUUGAAGGAAGUACUCUGUAUAUUAUUGUAAAUUGUAUUUUAUUUUGUGAUAACAGUUUUAUUCAAACGAUUCUUAUAAUAUCAGAAAGAUAGUUGUCUCUUGAAAAAGUUCCAAAUUUCACAUUUCCUCUUUCAAACAGCUGGAAUGAUCCCCUUUAUUUCAGUCUCUGUCAUGUACUUCUGUUUCAUAAGAGUCAUAUGUUGGUAUCGAAGCAGCAUUCUUCCUCUUUUUUCCUCUCUUUGACUUUGACCUGAUUCAGGUCAUCAUCAAAAGUCAAACACUCAUAUUUUUCCACCCCUAACGCUUCUUUCCAGAUGGACCUGUCUGUGGAAACAUUGUUCAGCAUCAUGCAGGAGCGCCAGAAACGCUACGCCAAGUACGCCGAGCAGAUCCAGAAGGUCAACGAGAUGUCCAUGAUCCUGAGACGCAUCCAGAUGGGCAUCGACCAGACAGUGCCGCUGAUGGAGCGCCUCAACAACAUGCUGCCUGAGAGCGAACGCCUGGAGCCUUUCAGCAUGAGGCCUGACGGGGAAUCUACCACCAAGUAGCCACUGUAAAGACACGCGAGCGUCCGUCCAGUCCUCUGUCCGGGAGAGAGAGCAGGUCUGUCCAGGUGUAGGGAAUCUCUGAAGCUUUUAGAGUCUUAAGUUUUGACAACAAGGUGUAGAGCUAAGGUUUGAAUGUGCCACAUGAGCCCGUAUUCUUUCACUUAAAGCCACAGAGGGAAGUUCUGCUCCUCUGUUGAUUUUACAGCUUCCCUUGUGAACAGAGCAGCAAGAUUUCUCUCUUUACUGUUUAGUUUUCUCUUACAAAGAGUCUGCUCCAGCCUCUUUUGAACCCUUAAUUACAAAGAAAAUUUAUGUCUGUCGGCUGUAAAUCAAGCCAUCGUAAUCUGUCCUGUUGGCCGCUGUUACUGGCAUAAAAACUAACUUUGUGAGAAAUACUCUGGCUGAUGAUUUCGGAGCAGAUGGUUUGCUUUGCUUCAGUCAAUCAUAUAGAAUCAUCAGUGAAAAAUUUAGCUUGUAGUAUAAACUGAAAAACCUCCUCAAAGCUCACAACAUCUCACUUUAACUUCUGAUACCGUCAGCCGCUGCCUUUAAAUAAACCCAAAACAAAGAGGGGCCUGAAGGUUACAACUUAUCUCUGACUUUUAAGGAUUUUAAAACGGCAAUCCUCCAAGAACAGUGCAUCCUUACAUGUCCUUAGAUAGCUCUCUCUGUAGGAAUCCUUUCCUGCAGCUUUUUUUGACUUACACGGUUGGCUAUAUUGUCGAAAAAGUCCCCGGAAAUUCCUCCUCUUGCUCUGGAUUUGCAGUGGAUUCAUUUCUUCACUUCAGACAGAUGUGUUUUUGGUACUUGUGACGCUGAUCUACAUCUCACUCCUGCACCGUAUGCCUUUGCUUUUUAUUUUCUGAUUUAUGCCUGCAUAUGUUUUUGGGAUAACACCAACAGAAGACUCCCAGAGAGGACCAGGAUGGUUUAUUCUCAGAGGAUUACAUCAGAAGCAUGGACCUGCUUUUUGUUAGAGGCUGAAAAGAAACACUUCAACUUGGACGUGGGAUAUUCUAGAUAAACUCAUGAACUCUGAACCUUAUUUUUGCGAUGAGGGAUUUAAUUUAUUUGCUUAACUUUCCUCUUACAUUCGUGUCAAACCUAUCUGCAUGCAAAACAGGACUGAGCAGUGACCCACAUUUUCAUCAGACUGAUCCAGAACAUCGCUGGGAAAUACUGGAAAUAAUUGCAGUCAUUUCAAAUCAGAAAACAUCUUACUAUUUAUGCAUCACCUCUGUUAACCUAAUACGACGAUGGCCAAACAUCACACACACAUCAGAGAUUCACAGGCUGUUUGAUCAGGACUAUCAUGGUCAGAAAAAAGCAUUACUGUAUUUUUCGCACUAUAAGGCGCACCUGAUUAUAGGGCGCACCAUCAAUGAACGUGUCCAUUCGCGUCUGUUUUCAUACAUAAGGCGCACCAGAUUAUAAGGCGCAUUUAGCCAAUCAAAACAGUCAGAUAAGUCAAACUUUAUUUAACUCAUUCAAUAACUCUGCGAGGCUACGGUAGCUACAGUGCUCCGACAAGCCAAAAGGAUUUUAAGUGCGCCUUUUAGUGCGAAAAAUACGGUGAAUUCACUUCGCAUCCUUUAAAUGUUUGUUUCUGCAUCAUAAGUGUUGUGUCCGGGAAAUAAAGGGUCAUUUCACCCAAAAAAAAGAAGAUAGCAUUCAUCUCUGUUUCCUCUUGUUUCAUCUGUGCAUGUACAGGUGCAGAAACAUGGACCCUCUGGAAAAUUAUGUUUAUUUAUACACUCAGUAGUUGGUCUUGGCUCCUUUUUGCACUAAUUCCUGCAUCAGUUUGACAUGGCAUAGAGAGGAUCAGUCUGUGGCUCUGCUGGGGGGUCAUUGAAGCCCAGGUCUAUUUGAUAACUCCUUCAGCUUGUCUGUAUUGUUGCUCAAGUGUCUCAGGUCAGUAAUACCACCGUCAGUAAAGCAGUUUGUGGUAGUUUUGGCGUUGUGGGAAGGUGCCAGGUCCUGCUGGAAAAAGGAAACCUGAUUUCCAUGAAGCCUCUCAGCAGACAGGGUCAGUUGUGUUCCUGCAUUAGCACUGUGGGUCCAGCAGGUGGCGCCAGAGAUUGCUCCACACAGUCUGUUGCUUCUAGAUGAAUUUUAAUGUUCAGAGGCACAGAGACAGAGCUGCUUCAGAUUUAGUGUCAUUUCGAAAGGACACUCAGACAGGAGAGCUGUAGCUGCUCACUCACCGACCGUCACAGAUCUCACAUCUCUAAAAAUAUGGAAGAAGGUGACCUGUUUUCAUUUAUAGUAUGUCCACUUAAGCGGCAGAAAGCCUAAUCCCAUCUGAGCAUGUAAUUUUAUUUAUGUCUACCUCCACUGGGAAUAAAGAGAUUACAGUUGUUGCCAAAUAUUUUUCCUCUAAUCCCCCUAAAGGUAACCUGCUCAUAGAAGAAUUACCGCUCUGACAGGAUAUUGUCCUCCAAAACUGCCCUGAUUUGGCUGAGAAGAUGAGCUUUAUCGGCUCUACUUUUAAGAGCUGCACAAACAGUUAAUUUCUGCAUCGCUUUCAGCUUUAAAAUAUAGUCUAUUAAUUCAUUAAUGGAGCAAUGCCUGCAAGCCUCUCAGGCUGGCAACUCCAGCUGUACUAAUUUCACACUUUCCAUGCGUCAUUCUCACAACCACCCAGCAAAUGUACACUCUCAAUUUAUUGGUCUAUUUAAGUUGCAAGAUUUCCAGUCUCUCCCUCUGCUCAGUAGCUAACGCUGCAGCUCUGCACCAGGGCUGGGCUUUAAUCUCAGUCUCACCUACUCCCCAGAGUCCACCCUGCAGGCUCAGACUAGAGGUCAAGAUAUCUCAUCAUUCCUCAAAUUACUCCAAGUAAAACAAAUCAGUGAGGAGAGAUGAAGUUAGAGCUGCGAUAUGAAACACAAAUAAUGUUCUGCUGCUGCAAAAAGAGCUGAAAGAAUGUGAAUUACCACGCUGAUAGAAAUAUGAACAAGAAAAUUAACUUUUUUCAAACUCCCUGUAACGUCUGAGUUGUUUCAAAAUACGCAAAAUGAGACGAAAUGCUGCUGCUGAUUUACUGUUGACGCAUGAGGCAACCAUCUUGGAUUUUAACCUCGGGGAAUCGAAAGUCACUCUGAGUGUCCAAGUAGCAAUCCUGACCCAGUGAAGGUCAAGUAUCUGAAGGGGAUCCCAGAAUUUCCAACUACCUAGAAAAACGUAACUGAUUUGGUUCAGAGGGGUCACUAGAAUCAACAUGUCAUGACAACUCCCCACAGUGCCUUUAAAUUAGGUACUUACGAUGUAAAUGCUGCCUAGUUUUAAAGGUCAAGUAUCUGAAGGGGAUCCCAGAAUUUCCAACUACCUGGAAAAACAUAACUGAUUUAGUUCAGAGGGGUCACUAGAAUCAACACGUCAUGAAAACUCCCCACAGUGCCUUUAAAUUAGGUGCUCAUAAUGUAAAUACUACCUAAUUUUGGACAAAAAGGAUAAACCGUUGGAGUAAAUGACGGAGAAAAGGAUGAGCAGUGUGAGACUUUGGGGUGAGGAGCGAGGCAGGAAAUGACAAAGCUGUUUAGAGAUUAGAGGCAGAAUACGGCCACCCUGGGGUCUUUAUUUGCGGAUUUAAUACAUGAUUAAACUCAGUUUUUCAGAGCCAUCCCUCUUUUCAGUUCGUGUUUCGGCUCUCUUUGUUGGUAGAAACAUCACAGCCGCCUUCUGUGUCCUGUGGGGAUUACAACAUGUACCUCUGGAUCAAACUCAGAGACCAAAUCAGAAUUUGCAAUGAAAGGAUUUUCCCAGAAAGGACCCGCUGCAGUCUGUAAGCUGCUCCUCUCUGGAUUCAGCAGUGCGUGGUGUUUCUCCCCCAUGAGCCUUUGCAGUCUGAUUAGGCCGGUUGUGUACGUUGUUGAAUUUUUUAUCGGCGUAUAAACACGCUGAACUCAAUUACACCUACAAAAGGAUGCUCCUCCGGCUGGCUCUGCUUUGAGGUACAGAAUUAGCCUGCUUCGUUGACAUAAGGGACGCACGGCAGAAACAAGUUUUCUUGUGAAUUUAAAGCAGAGCUCCUUUGAUAUGUUAUCGCCUUUCAUGUGUAAAUUAAAACGGGUGAAAAAUGUCUUAAAUAGCCGUGGGGGUAUUGUUUGAACACUGAAACAGAAAUGAAAAUUGUCACUGCGUUCUGUGGCGAGGAGGUGUGAAAGUUCCUGCAAGUCUUUGUAAUGAAGAAUAGCUCCUGACGCUCAGAGCUGGAUAUUAACGCCACGAGAUGAUACAAUACGAUCUGCCACCAGGAAAUUCAUUCUCUGAAAUGAAAGAGAAAUCCAAUUUCCCCUGUAUACUUCUCAUUUGAAUAUAAAUCAAAGGCUGCUUUUUCUGGCCUGUUUUGCCCACUCUAAAUUGGAAACUUGAAAGUAAAGUCUCAGCUUUCUUAUCCCCAUCAUCUUCUAGGGUGGUUGUUUUACUGCGAUAAGAGUGGAAAUUUGAGUUUCCUGACAUCACAUCUCUUAGCUUUGAAAAACACUUUACAUAAUGAUGAUUUGUUUAAAUCAAACGCUUGCAUCAAGUUUUAAAGUUUGAAGUAAAAACGGAGGUUAGAAAUGAUUAAUUGACUACAGAUGGGCUGCAAAACCAUUAAUUUGCCCCUACAGUCAUUUAAAUAACCACUUUCUUCAUGUUAUUUAUCUUCACUAAAAUAAUCCCUUUUCCUAAACUCUAAUUUUUGAGACAUUACAAAAAAUGAAUAAGCUGGGUCUGAGAAUGAUUAGAUUAUUGACUCUAGGGCCGUCCCAAUAUCCCAAUACUGACUGUAACCGUCUUUUCAAACAGUUAAAACACUGAUAUUGUGCCAAGAAUAAGAAUCCAGUCAUACUAUGAGUCUUCAACAUGGAUAACCACACAUCUUUCAACAGAGGACAGACGAAGAAGAAGUUUCAGACUGAUAGCGAGCUACACCAAAGCCUUUCUCUCUUGAAGUUACUAAUCAAUUAAAAUUUGUACUUUCUUCUACUUUAUUUAACGGUUUUCUUUCAGUUUUUGUAACUAACAAUCAACCAGAUGUAGUAAACUUCAAAAUAAAAGCGUAGUCUAAACCAUGUUGGAAAUAAAGAAACCUAAAAGCAAGACUGAGGAGUAUCACAAUAAAAGCGUGACAUUUCUGCCCCAAACUAGUUUCAGCCACAGGGCUCUUGAUGAAGAUAAAAUCAUAAAUUUAAACAUGAGGCAAAAAUCCAACGUCCUAACAGUCCUUAUUGAUUUGUUAAUUCUUAAAGUAAGACUACAAAGUAUGAAUAAUUAUAUAUGAUGGACUGAACUUUCAUAGACUUAAUAGGCUUCACUUUUCAAUAUCUCAAGUUGCUGAUUUGGACUUUUUUCCUGAAGUCCUUCAAACAACAUCCUAACUGUCUUCAAACAACGAUAUUUGACCACUAGUGUAAGAAAGAACCUUUUUAGUGGAAGGUGACUUAAAAACAGGUUUCUGGUUUUAUUUGAUUUUAAAUAAGAAACUAUUCAAGUCAUGCUUUUGAAAAUGUUCCUACUCUGUGUUUUGACUCCAUAUGAAUUAUUUUGUGGAGGAAAAACAAGAUAAGGUAUUACUGAUUGAUUUAAAAACUCAAUAGUUAAUGUGAUCCUUUAAUUCAACAGAUUUUAUCCCCUCACUCUUAUUUUUCGUGUGCAUUAUCCCACCCCUCUUCCUCCCGAGCAGGUUGGAACCUUUUCUCUGAGCUCUGCUGUGGCAGUAAGUAGCUCGAGGAAAGGCGAGAGGCGUCCCUUAGAUGAUUGCCUGUAUCGACUGUAUUGACUUUCAUCUUGUAAAAUUACCCGCCACUGCUUUUUUAUUUGACACACUGUCACCUACAGUGAUAGAUUCCCCCCAGACCCUCCCUCUUGAGAGCUGUAGCCAAACGAUGUACCUCUGACCGCAGACAUGAAUUCUUCUUGGGACCGGAUCUGUCAGGGGACAUCUAAUAAAGGUCUUCUUUGUUGCUUCAUGACACAGCCGUGUUCAAGGACACUGAGCUGCUACAGCAGACCGUGAGAUGUCUUGUCCUCCCACUGAAAACCUUUGCCAUGGACGUAUAUAAAAGGAGACAUCCUUCAUAAGAACGUCUUCAACAAAUAAACCCGGUCGAAUGCCAUCUGAGCUUGGAGUGAGUCUUUCAGAGGACCAGCUGUGGCCUCAAUCAGCUGUUUCUAGAUGAAAACAUUGAACACUGCAGCUGAUGAGGCUCAGAAAUAUCCUCUAUUAUUUAGUUUUCCAUGAUAAGGUUUGUAACCACCCAUGGAGCUCGAGUUCUCACAGGGCUGUUCGGAUUUAAAAAACGCCAUACAAGAUGAGCAAGUGCUGCUGUAAUACCGAAACUAAAGAAAACCACCACAAGCAGCGUCGAAUGAGCCAUCAUGCUAUUAUACAUACUACUCUGUCUGAGUCAGAGACAGGAGAGUUCAAAUGGCUUUAAAUCUGUACCUGUUUGCAGCCAUCAUGAUGUAAACCUAAAACACAUGGUGCAAAAUUCAUACAGAUGAAAUAGUUCAUACAAGGCUUACUGACCAGUAUGUGGUGCUGUGAUAAAAAUGUAAUUUUGAGCAUUUAGUUGCUACUGGAAUUCAAAGUUUGGGUUAGUUUAAACUCUGUAUGUUUGAGUUACAGUAACAUGGUGAGGCGUCACUCUCUCAUCACUCUUCAUACCGUCUCUUUUAGUUGUAAUCCAACAUUAACACCUGAGGAAGAUUUAAUCCCAGUAUGACCCCUUUAGUUUGACUCAAAACACACUUCUUUUUCUUGUAUUAAAAUUUCAGAGAGGUUUCAUACAGGUAAUUUGCAGAACUCAUGACAAAUUUUAAAGUUUCAUCAAUUUUAGGGUAAGUUAGAGUCACUACAAGUGUGAUAUAUUUGAAAGCACAAGAGAAAAUAGAUCAAAUACACGAGGGUCUUACUUACUCAGGCUUUACUGGUGUUAAAGUACAGUGCAAAUACAAAUAUAAGUACAAUCUAUGUUGUCUUAAUUUACAGACAGCUUACCUUUCCAGCUGGUAAACCUGAAACUAGAUUGCAAGGCCUGGUUGAAAGCCAGGAAAUUUCAAACUUGUUCUUUGAAAAGAAAGAUGUGCUUCAUAUGUGUGACUAAAAGAUAUUAAAUUGUUUAUAACCCGGAUUUAAAAAGCAAAACAUUUCCACUUAACCAAAACCACACAGGUUUUAGUGUAAUUACAGGUGCACUCAAGUGGUUUCAAAGGUCCUACAUAAUUUAGAACGAGGCUAAACCAAAACAAAGUCAAUGCAAAGAAAGGUUUUAGGAACAUUUAGACAAUGACAUCAAACACAUUAGUUUAAAAAAAAAAAAAAAAACACACUCUGUUUGGCCAAGCUGCAACCUCCAGUGUAGCUGAUGUAGAAGUGAAAAAAAUUGCAGUUCCCAAAGUGUCCACUUGAGGCUUGCCCCAAAAGUUCAGGAAUCCCCAUUUGGUCCCAUUUUAAAAUUCUUAUAGUUAAAGCACUAUUAAAUAUAUUUACGAUCUGGUUUUAGAAACACUAUUUAUGGUCUCAGAAGCUUAUUCUUUACUCGUAAAAACUUGACGAGGGAAGAAUUACUUUCAUAACACGUUUGUUUUAAUCAUAUCAAGACAUUUUAGAUUCAUCAUAAAUUAGUCAUUGUUUCCCUUAGAUGUCUGUGUGACUACUUUCCCAUUUGUACUGUUUAUCUGUAAACAAAUAUCACUCCAAGGCCUCUUUACACCUCCACUUGGUCUGAUUUAGAGUUGAAAACUGUGAUUUAUGCGCCCUUGAGCAUGGCACUCUGCCCUCAGCUGCCCAAACAAAGCAGCCAACAGCUCAUAAUCUCUGUAGAUGUGAGUAUUGGUGAAUGAAUGAUGUUAAACACCUCCUCCCCCUUGUAGUUAUUCUUGCCAUUCAUUACUGUAAUGGGGAGCAUUUUCUGGACGUGUCUGUAUAAAUACAGGUUUGACAACAGUCAUAAAAAGAAGAAAUAAAGCAAGGAUGAGGACAUUUUGAAUCUGAGAUAACACUGACAUGCUGGAGAAGUUGCCUUUGAUCGGACGUGGGACGGUGAGAGACUCAGAUGGUGAUUCAGAGCCAACGGGGCCGCUGCCAUGAAAAGUGAGUGACAGCAUCAUGUCUCAUCUGCGACAGCCUGUAGCCAAACAAACAGCAGCUCAUUACAGCAUCAGCUCCGACCGCCUGCUGCGAACGGCAGAGAGGUGACAUUGGCUCAUAAUGUGCGGGAGGGAUGAGCAAGCGAGCGGGGAGGGUAGAGGGCCCGUGUGGAGUCAUAAAUUGCUUAAUGUUUCUUUACGUCUCAGCGGUCAUGAUGUCUAACCCAUGGUACUUGAACUUUGGAUGCACUGGCUGCCGAGAAUACGGAGAAGUCAAUCUCAUGAGGAGCCGCAGUCAAGCUGUUUGGUUUGUUAGUCAAACAUUCAUGACAUGGAGGCACCAAAAUAGAAACUUCUAAUCAUAGAGGUGUAGCUGCGAGUGUGUGUCCUCAUGUGAAGAGGAGUCAUCUCACUUUUCCAGACUUCAUCCAUCUUUCUGUCCCAGUUUCAAUCCCUUAUCCUGAGGAAAAUCCAAACUAGAGAAACUUAAUGUGAAGUGAUCCAGUUCUUAUCAAGUCACUUUUUCCAGAGUUCCAGUUCGGUCGCUCUCCCUGUUUCAUACACUCUUAUGUUAUGAAACUACAAGGGGUCACAACAUGCCAACCUGAGGACGACCCUGAGACCAGAGCCACAAGUUUGGGGUUAUUUGCGUACUUAAAAUAAGUCCGAUGAGUUGUGCCUGCAUGCUUAGCUCAACCACAUCAUGAUAAACAUUUAAAGCUCUAGUGAGGAACUUUCAGUUUCUGUUAACUUUGGCGCCCCUUUGUGGAAAAAGUAGUGUUUGUUUAUCUUGUCUUCUGCGUGCCUUAAGCCGAAAACAUACAGGAUCCAUGUUGAGCACGCUAAGUGUUUGGAGUGUAGCAGCGGCGUAGUGCAGCCCCGGUCAGCUGGGCUCAGUAUGGAGGAAACAACAUGCUCACAAAAGGUUGUUUUGCCUUUCUGUGGUCGAAUUCCUGCUAAUUUGGAUAUAAUUCAGGAACUGUUGAGCCUCGACUGUAUGUUAAAAAGCCUGAUUUUACAGUAACCUGAUUUUACAGUUUCAGUUUUUGCAGGUUUACUUGUGUUUAAUAAAGUAAACUAUGUUCCUUUACACUGUGCUGUUAUCUUCAGACAGAGUUAGCAGUUAAAAGUCCGCAUGAAUCAGGGAUUGACCAUCAGAUUGUUCUGUGUUACUGAUAAAUCCAUAACCAGGAAAUAUACUGCAUGACGUGUGGUUUUUGUGCUUGACAUCCUGUCUAGAAUGAUCUUCCCUGUGUAGAUUGACGCAUGUUGGAAGCGUAGAGCAGAGAAAACAGACUAAUAGACAUGCAUCUUUAGCAGAGCCACGCUCGACAUGCUUCUGAGACGGAGCUGCGACGCGUCCCGUGUGCGAUGCUGCAUUGAUUUGAAUGGAAACCUAUUUUCCAUGUGACGCUGACGGAACACGCUCAACAUGCGUCCUGAAUGUUUUAGGCUUUAGUCGUGUCUUCUAACAAAAACCUAUCUUGUUGAUGCUUGACAGUGAUUAAUAUUAUGUAUCAUAGAGAUAGCAUCAGUAAAUAGAAGUAUCUGGUUGGCUGACUCCUACCGCCUCUGACCAGUUUAAGGUAUUACUCAAGUAUGUUGCACAAUCGGAGCAGAUCUCAGAGUGCUUAAACUGUCCCAUCCAAAUGAAGUAUUCAACACAGGGAUGUAAUAAAUCCUGCACAAAGUGGGCAUAUAUUUGUGGACAAACUGCUGCCCCGCAGUCACUGUUGUGAAAGCAGUUUCAGGCAGUGUAGGUGUAUCAGAUAAAAACACUGUCUGAACCACACUGAGGCCUUCACACUGUGGUUGUGUGCUCGGAAAAGGCUGCUGCACUGACUGGUGUGCGCUGAAGGGUCUUUUUUCCAAACAGCCUUUUUAUGUGAAGACAAAAUAUUUCAUCCAUUAUUCAUCGAGGAGUAAGAGGAGGAAACCCGGCGAGACAGGAGCCACGUCCAUCACCGCUCUGUUAUGUUGGACUCGCUCAGAUGAGUGAGUCAAACCAGCCUCUGGGACUUCUGCUCUCUCUCUCCGCUUAGUGUUACUUAUUGUACGACAUUUCCAUUCCCGUCCCCGGGCUCUGGUGUUUUGCUUUGCAGCGUUCAGCUGCUGGGUACUAAUGUGGCUUUUUUGUUUACAGUCUGUUUCUUCUCUGUCUCAUCUUAUUGAGGGUUUAAAUGGAUAAAUACAUAAAAUAUUCAUUAUCAUUGGAGUGAAACACAAGGAGAAAACACAGCCGUCCUUUGGAGAAUGAAUGAAAAUACUGUCUGUUAAUGCUAUGGCGUAUCAGUCACAGGGAAAAAUGGCAACAUAAAUGUUAUACAGUGGAUGUACUUUAGAAAGAUAGGCACUAAAUUAAGAACAAGGUUGUGGUACAUCUAGAACAAUAGCAGUGAGCAUGUCAUUGUUAAAUAUAUUUUCAUUUGAGAGGGAACACACGUAGUGUUCAUUGUGAGCAAAAACAAUUAGAAGGAAUUCAUUAUCUUCCGUUAUUCAUAUGCAAAUCUAAACGUAUCCCCUACAAGUACGCCCUCCUCUUCAGUCUCCACUUAGCGCCAUGCUCCUGCUUUGUGUUUGAGUGUGUGUGUGCUCGAGUGUAGGGAAAAAAACCCACAUCAUCACAUCCUAUAUCAAUUAUGUGGAGUGGUCUCUUCACCCUGAUUACCAGAGAAGAGCUGGAGCCAAAUGCUUUGUUGCUGGAACACACUGUGGGCAGAUGGGUUGGUGUGUGUGGUCGGUGAAAAGGCUGUGGAGGACCCUCGAGGUUUGAUCAGAACAGAACUCGAUAAAAGUGUCGGCCAGGAGUGAAAUGUCCUCUUUGUGUUCAGCUUCUCCCUGACUGUGGAAAAAUACCAAACCAUUAGCCGAAUCAAUAUCACCUUCGCCCCACCAUCACAUUAUCUAAAGCUUCGGGUUUCAAUUUUGCCUCUCUGCUAAUGUUCAUGCCAAACAACGC